CUUCCCAUAUGACUGUCACCACCGGGAUUGGCAAGUGGUUUGCUGCCCACUCAGUCCCUCAGUCCAGGACAGCUGCCCACAAGGCCAGAUCCAAGGGCACUGUGGAUACAUCAGACGCCCAGGACCUGAUCUGAUGGCACACCCCAUUUUGUCUCUCUGGCUGCUGGUGGCCGGGCUGGGUCCUUGUGCCUAUGGCCAAAUUACAACUACCCAGGAAAGUCGUCCAACACCUGCGGAACAGCCAGCCUCCUCUGCCUUCCCGGACAAUUCCCACUUCGCCUUCAACCUGUACCGACGGUUGACGGCCCCUGACCCAAGCAGGAACGUGCUCUUCUCCCCACUGAGCUUCUCCCUUCCCCUCACGCUGCUGGCCCUCCAGGCCACACCAAAAGCCCGCGCCACGAUUCUGCAUGAACUGGGACUUCCCAUUGUCAAGGUCCCUGAAGACAGGGUGCUCGAGCACUACAGUCAGCUCCUGGGGGCCUUCCUGCCGCCCCCCGGGGACUGCCAGACGGACACCGGCAGCAUGCUUUUCCUGGGUCAGAGGCGAGACCCAGUGCUGAAGUUUGCUCAAAGAGCCCAGAACCUGUACCGCACUGAGAUCUUCCCCACAUCCUUCAAGAACGCCCAGGUGGCCCAGCAUCAGAUGAACCUGGCUAUGGAGAAGAAGACCCACGGCAAGAUCAAGGGCCUUUUCCGGGGGAUGAAGCUGCACUCGGUCUUGAUUCUGGCCAAUUACAUGUUCUUUAAAGGGAAAUGGAAGUACCACUUUGACCAGCAGGUCACGAAGCUCAUGCCCUUCUCAGUGAGCGAUGAGCUCACGGUCCCGGUGCCCAUGAUGCAGAAGCUGGGCUGGUUCCAGCUGCAGUACUUCCACCACAUGCACAGUCACGUCCUCCGGGUGCCCUGCGCCUGCAACACCACUGCCAUCUUCGUUCUUCCUGAAAAGGGGAAGGUCGCCAAGGCAGAGGCGGCACUGAACAAGGACAAUUUUGACCAGUGGACUCGGCCUUUCCCACUGAGCAGGAGGAAGCUGUAUUUUCCUAAACUCUCCCUAACGGGGAACAUGGACCUGGACAAGCUGGUGCUCUCGCGGGACAGCCUGGAUGUAUUCAGUUACGACCUCGGCCUCUCGGGCAUUUCUGUGCAAACCAUCCCCAUGAGGCUCUCCAAGAAUCCAGAGACGCCUUCCUACGCUGCAAACUGUUUAACAGGCAUGACAGGAAGACCCUGACACCAAAACCAGUAGUGAAAGAAAAACUGCUGACCUUGUGUGCUGAAACCAUUGCUUAAUCAUCUCUCUCAACCCCACAAACCCUCUCAGGUGGGUAAUUAUUCUUUGCUUCAUUCAAUGUAUCAGAAAACUGAGGUGGGGUAAUAGAUGUGAUCCUACAAUAUGUAUAAUCAUAAAUGAGAGAUUACACUCCAUUUAUGUAUGAUCUAUCAAAAUCUAUAAUGCAUUCUACUGUCAUGUACAACUAAUUAGAACAAAAAAAUUUUUAAAUUAAAAAAAAAAACUGAGGUGGGAAGACUGGUCUGACUGAUCAUGGGUUCCCUCUUUAGCUUCUUGGUUCUAACUCCCUGCAUCCUCGUCCUCUGUGAAGAUAGGGUGUUGAGAAGCUGAGUCUCAAGUAGGGAAGGAAGAAGUUAAAUUGUCUCUGUUGAUGACAUGAUUUUAUAUAUAGAAAACCCUAAAGACUCCACCCACCAAAAAUCAUUAGAAUAAUAAAUUCAGUAAAGUUGUAGAAUAUAAACAUGCAAAAUGAUUUCCUGUAUACUAAACAACAAGCUAUCCAUCUAUCAGAAAAAAAGAAUCCAAGAAAAUAUCCCUAUAAAAAAUAAAAAUACUUAGAAAUAAAUUCUUCCAAGAAGGUGAAACACCUAUAUACUGAAAAUUAUAAGUUGGUGAGAAAUAUUUUAAAAGUCACAAAUAAAUGGAAAGAUACCCUAUAUUUAUGGAUU